GACUCUGAUACUCAUUUAACGAGACAUGUAAACAGCUGGUUCAUCAGCUAAUCACGUCGUUUAACUGUUACUAAAGAGAAUUCAAUUAUUAUAAGCUAUUCAGUAAUAUUUUAGGAUUAGUUCAACUAAGAAGAACAUUUUAUAAAUCACAAAGUUAUAUCUUUCUCACGCAUUAAUAUGAGGUGGUUAAUCAUUCUGGCUGUUUGCAUCUUAGCAGCUCUAGCACACAGCCCUCCAAAGGAAGACUGCGUUGAACCCCCUCCACCUCCGUGCCAUACAGAAAAAGAGUGUGAGAGGGUGCGUUGUUAUCAGCCAACGUGCCAACCAGGAUUCGACGCCAAAAAACUCCCAUGCUCCUGUUGCUACGAAUGCUUACCAAGAGAUUGCGAAACCGAUUGCGCAGCUGUUCAGUGCUUCAAGCAGGAGUGUAAGCGUGGCGAAGUUCUCACUACGAUGAAAUGUAAAUGCUGUCCCCAAUGCGCACCAGCGCAGUUCGAGCCCCAUUGUGACGGCGUAAAAUGUGUUAACCCUGUUUGUAAGUCAUGGGAGCUAACUCUCAAACCUCGAUGUAGAUGCUGUCCUAUUUGUGUGCCAUUGAUAAGAUGAUGACAACGAUGAUGACGAUAAAGAUGAUGACGAGAAGAAAUAUCUAAAUAAAACAUUUUAUCUCAAAUAUAUUUUAAGUUUCAAUUGUAACUGUUAAUAUGCUGUUAUUUCUGCUACAUAUUGAUAAUUAUUGUAAACAAAAUUUAAAUACACAUACUGGAUUAUUAAAAA